AUGUCAUUUCAUACUCUUUCAAAGCUUAAUCCACUCGAUAUUUUGGAAAGCUUCACGGGAUCAACCCUCAUUCUACCUGUCGUUUCCAUAGGUAACAUCCCUCAAUUGGCCCUUGAUAUACUCGUAUACAAUCUACCCGAUGUUCAUUUAGUGGGAAGAUUGGACAGCACUUGGCUGUAUCCUCUUGUUGGACCAGCAGAUUACAUUGAAGGAAAGCCUAAAAGCAGUGAAACAAACGUCUCUACACCGUUGGAAGUGUAUUACUGCCAAAAAUACAAUGUGACGUUACUUCAACAAAGAACUCCUAUUUUGCCAGGGUCUACCCAACAUUUCUUUAUUGAAUUGAUUAAGCCAUUUAUUGAGCUUUGCGAAUUUCGAAGGGUCAUUGUUUUGCAGAGCAAUGAUCAAGGAUUAAGACAGGAUAAAUAUUCAAAUAAGAGAUUACAGUUAUGGACCAAUGAUUUGGCCAAGAACUUGGAAAUUUCGUUGAAUAUGGAGAGUAAAGAAUCACAGAUGGUCAGCGUUAAUGACUGCGAUGAGAUUUCGCCUGUUGGGGAUUUUUUGUUCAAGAAAUUGGAGGCAGAACAGGAGGAACAGGCCAAUAAAUCCAUUGAAAUGGGAAGGUCAACAUCGAACUUGUUUAGAUUGAUCGAUUCUGCAAGGACGAUGGAAUUGUCGGAAGCGAAAGUCAAGAAAACGGAAAAGAGGGAAUGUAUAGUACUAUCGGCAUUUGCAUACGAGGGAGAUAAUACGCAGGAUGCUAAGUUGAUGUAUGAGAGUUUAAUUAAGAUGAUGGGCAUAGAAAUGGGUCAAAUCACUACGCCAAAGUCAUGGAAGGGAGUGUAUGGGAAGGAGGAGGUUCCUACAGGACUUGAGUAUGGUUUGUAUGCUUAG